AUGAAAGGGAAAAUCGCAUUAUUAAGUUCUUUGAUUUUGCUGAAUUGUUUAUUAAGCGAAAAUAUCGAUACACCAGAAGAUCAGAUAAAUGAAUUAACUGAAAAAUUAAACAAGUAUGAAGAACAAAUCUCAUCUAAUCAAGUUUCAGAAGAUGACGUUAGUGACGAAAUUGAGGAAUUAAAGAUGAAGAUUGAGGAGUUGAAAAAGGAGAUCGAGGAUUAUGACGAUGACGAGGUCGAAGGGAAUGAUGAGUCACCAUCGGGUGGAGGAGGUGGAUCAGUUAAGGUAACUGGACAAGAUGGAGGAAGCGGAGGAGGGGGAGAAAAGGGUUCAGGUGGAUCAGGUGGGGGAAAGGGUGGAGCCGGAUCAGGUGGACCAGAUGGGCAGGUUUUAGGUGGAUCAGGGGGAAGUGGACUUAGUUCUCAGGGAGGUUCUUCGCAACAAGGACUUCAGGGGCCAGCAGGACCAGCAGGACAACGGGCAUCUCAAGGAACUGGUGAUCAACGGGAUUCUCAGGGCGACCGAGCAGAUUCAUCCAGCGAUAAUGCACAGGUCGUUGGAAUAAAAUAUCUCGACACUAUUUACGACGAACUCCUUACUAAUAGCGAAAAUAAAAAUUUAAUCAACAACAAUGAAAACCAUAAUAAAUAUAGUGAAUUCAAAAAAAGAUAUGAUAAUUUUGCAUUAACCCCAAAAGAAUCGGAAAUAAUAAAAGAUUUAUUAACAAAAAUGUUUGUAACUAAUUCUGAUAAUAAAUUAAAUGAGUUGUUAGUUGUAUUUAAAAAAGCUUUACAUGAUAAAGAAUUUGCAGAAGAAUUAAAUAAUUUGAUAUCUGGUAUUUAUGCAUUUUCAAAAAGACACAAUUAUUUAGUAACUGAAAAAGAUGAAUAUAGAGAGAAAUAUGAAAAAUUAUAUGAAAACAUAAGCAAAGUGUUCCAAACAUCAUCUUUCCAACCACCAUCUACUCAAUCACAACCCACUCAACCACCAUCACCCAAUGGAGAAUCACCACCUACUCAACCACAACCCAAUGCAGAAUCACUCACUCCAUCACAACCCAAUUCAUUACCAUCUGGUCCAGGACCACAACCCAGUUCAGGAUCACAACCCAGUUCAGAACCAUCACUCGGUCCAUCACCACCCGGUCCAUCACCACCCGGUCAAUCAUCCCCCCCUCCAGUACCACCCGUUCCAGGACCACCAUCCGUCCCAGAAUCAUCCAGUUAA